CUGCAGGAACUCAUUAUACAAUGACAAAUGGAGGCAGUAUUAACAGUACAACACAUUUAUUGGAUCUCCUUGAAGAGCCCAUUCCUGGAGUUGGAACCUAUGAUGAUUUCCACACAAUUGAUUGGGUGCGAGAAAAAUGCAAAGACAGAGAGAGACACAGAAGGAUCAAUAGCAAGAAAAAAGAAUCAGCAUGGGAAAUGACAGAGAGUUUGUAUGAUGCAUGGUCAGGAUGGCUGGUUGUGACACUAACUGGCUUGGCAUCAGGUAGGAACUCAUUUUUUUUAAUAAUAUAAUCCUAAAUAUUUUGAUUUAGAAAUAAAUUGUGUUGAAUUCAGUAGAAACCCACUCCGAGGUAAUAGCUCAAAAUUCCCAUCUAUAGGAAGACCUUGAUUAGCGACUGCCUUAGGCAAUGACUGUUCAAAGUUCCAGAGGUGAUAAAAAAGUACCUCUUCUUGCUAAUUAUCCCAGGGAUGAGGAGAAUAUUCCAAAGGACAAGGGAGUAGAGAAAAGGUGUUAUAAGAUUUGCCCUUUUCCUCAGCUCCCUCCAAGUUCAGUCCCAGAAAUCUUCCCCACCAUUUGGGCACAUCCAGCUGUUUGGAAUUAUAUCCUGAUGCUGUAGAGCAGAUGUGUCAAACAUGCGGCUUGCGGGCCGGAUGUACCCCGCAAUAGCCUGUGGCAUUGGCCCGCAGGGCUGUCCCAGAGACGGCAAGGGCCCGGCCCCUGCCUCCCAGGGCCUGGACAUGCCCAGUCAGCCGCAAUGACCAGGCCAUGCCUACCCCGGCCCCCCAAGGGCAAACAAACACUUUAUGUGGUCCGCGACGGGAUCGAGUUUGACGUUCCUGCUCUAGAGCGAAGGAAAGCUGAAGUAAAAUUGUAAACACAGACAUGGUCUUGUGAUUUUCAUCUUGUCACUUAGGUACCAAGUUGCCAGUUCUAAUUGUGGUUAAUAAAAGAGGAUUACUUGUAUAAAUAAGCUUAAGAUAACCAUAGUGCUGAGUGAAAACCAGCUAUGGAACAUAGACAGGAUUCUCAUAUUUUUUUGUCUGCAUGGUAUUGGAAGCCAUGCAGUUAAUAUAAACAAGAAGUUAUGCUUUCCAAUCCUGAAUCUCAUAGAAUUCUGCUAAUUGCACUAGCAGAGUUCCUUUCACAGUACACAUUUCAUUUCUGCUAAAAUACUGUGGAUCUAUGGUAGAACAUAAAAUGUUAAAGUAUUGCUGGUUGAGGAAAAAAAAUGUAUUGUUUUAUUUUGGUUUCAUGCCAAAUAAAAUAUGUGCAUUGCAUAGGGUUUUUUUCUUUUAGGCAGAGAACAAGUCAGGCAGGUUAUAAAGUUCCAUUUAACUCUUUAGAAGCUGAAGCAAUGGAUACAAAAUAUUUGAUAACUAUUGAAGACUUGUACUUUUUAACUUGUUGAAACAUAUUGCUUUCACAAAAAACAACAAACCCUCAGUUCAUUGGAGCAUGAAUGAGCAGUGAGUUCAAGUACUUUGUACUUUUUGUUUCUUCCAACUUCUACAUAUUUGUGACAUCCUAACCAGGAAAUGCAAUUUAACUGCUUCUUUUAAACUAGGAUUGAAAAACAGGAUUUAGUCCUGAAUUGUGGUGAUAACCUGGAGGAAAUGCUGGAAUCACAGUUCAGGCUAAAAUUUAAAGUUCCUUUAGAGUUGUGUUUUUAUCAGAACCCAGUUUUUGGAGUACUAAGUUCCUCAUAUAACAGCAUACACUAUAUCAGCAUAAAUUCAUGUUAUCAAGAACUGUGUGUCUAAUUUCCAUUGUCAACUACAUUUUUCAGUAAUUCACUUGCAUUUCACUCUUCCAAAAGUGUUGUUACAAUUAUUUCUUUAAUUUAUAUGGACAUCUAUUGACUUAGUAAUUGUUUACUUGCUUUCCUGUUUCUUGAAACAUAAUUGCGAUUUAUAAAAAUACAAAAGGUUAUAUGGCUGCAAGUUAGUCAUAUGGAUUGGUAUAUAUUCCCAAAGGUACAGAUAACCCAACAUCUUAUGGAAAUAUUAAAUUACAGGCAGUUUUCAACUUAUGAUUGGUCAUUUAAUGACCGUUCGAAGUUAGGAUCUACUUAAAAAAAACUAAUUACAACCUGGUCUCAUAAUUUUGAGUAUUGUUCGCCUGCCAUGGUCGUAUGAUUGCAUUUUGGGCAUUCGGCAAACAGGCUCUCAUUUAUGACUACAAUUUGCAAUAUUUUUAACAGUUUUUGGUGGGUUUAUUUAUAUAUAAAGUUUUUUAUUUU